UAUCGACCAGUUGUAGACGGACGAGGAAAAGAGACCGAGAAUGAGAGACCGGCAACAACGAAUGGAAGGGAAAAAAGAUUGAGAGAGUGCAGGCGAUCACAUUACGAUCGUGAAUAAAAAGCAGAGACAAGGCAGGGAGAGGGUAUGGGAAUUCCUCUCUGAAUUCGUGUUAGAUGAUUUCCUUUUUUUUGGACCCGCCGAUGGGCGUCGUCUGUCUGUUCCUCGUGUAUAUGUACAUAUCUUUCUUUCCUAUGGCAUAUGCGUAUGUCGAUGAACGAAUGUCAGAAAUCUUCCUCAAACGAAGGAUGGCUCCUCUAUGCGUCGCAGUCCGUUCGAUGAUAUACCCAUCUGUAUCACAGCGUUCCUUUCUUUUGUCACGCCUAACGUCGACUCCCAUCUGCCCAGGUGGUAAUAAUGGGAAGGACCGUGAUGAUCGAUGCCUCAGGCCCACCACGAGACUCAUCGCGGUCUCCUCAGACGUGGAACGAGUAGGGCUUGCGGCCGAUCGAACACUUUGCGCCGAUCUGUCUAGGGAGAUACUUCUCGAAUGACGAUGACGAUGGUCCGGAAUGGCACGAGUGCUCUUCGGAAUACUCCAGUACAAUUCAGUCCUCUCCCUCCGAGAAUGGGAAAUGCUCUGACUGAUGAUGAUGACAAAGAUCG